GCUUCAAAACAGAUUUGUAACGAGGGAGACUCACAUGAUCAAAGAUAUGAACUUGGAGGAGGACAGUGGCCUGACAGUCAGUUGUGGCAAUGGCAAACUCAGACAGUGGCUUAUAGAUCAGAUUGACAGCAGGAGAUAUCCUGGCCUGGUUUGGGAAAAUGACGAAAAAAGCAUCUUUAGGAUUCCGUGGAAACAUGCAGGAAAGCAAGACUAUAACAGAGAGGAGGAUGCUGCACUCUUCAAAGCAUGGGCAAUGUUCAAGGGGAAAUAUAAGGAAGGCGUCGACAAGCCAGAUCCCCCCACAUGGAAAACAAGACUACGUUGUGCUCUCAAUAAAAGCAAUGACUUUGAUGAGUUGGUUGAAAGAAGCCAGCUGGACAUCUCAGAGCCCUACAAAGUCUACAGAAUCAUUCCAGAGGGAGCCAAAAGAGGAAUGAAGAUGAGCACUAUGGAGGAGACACCAUCACAUGUAAAUGCAUUUGGCUAUAUUGCUCCAUAUUCAUCUCUGCACACCCAGGUACCCAGCUAUAUGGUUUCUCAGGAGAGGAGGGACUGGAGGGAUUACAAACAACCAGAACAACAACCCUUUCCUCCUCCACAUCACCACGGACCGCAUGCAGACCUGCAGUAUGGCCAGUGCCACUACCCUUCACCCAUCAGCCGGGCCUGGCCUGCAUCACACACAGAAAAUGGUUUUCAGCUCUCUUUUCACACCUACUUGUCAGAGACCCAACCCCCUGUGUAUACAAUGGACCACAACAAUGCCAUAACAGAUUUCAGCCUGCACGUGUCCCUAUUCUACAGAGAGUCUUUGGUAAAGGAGGUUACCACCACCAGCCCAGAAGGUUGUCGGAUCACCUCUUCAUCCUCCUCCACCUCACCAUCAUCCUCAUCCUCUUCUUCCCCAAGCUUAGAGGACAAGUUUCACAGUGGGGCAGAAAUCAUUCUCUUUCCAUUCCCGUAUCCUGAGUCUCAGAGACAGGGUGCUGACAUGCUUCCUAACAUACUGGAAAGGGGAGUGCUCCUGUGGAUGGCGCCCGAUGGGUUGUACGCUAAGCGCCUUUGCCAGGGACGGAUAUACUGGGAAGGACCUCUGGCUCCAUAUAUGGAUAAACCCAAUAAACUGGAGAAGGAACAGCCCUGUAAGCUGUUUGACACCCAGCAAUUCCUUAUUGAACUUCAAGAUUUUGCCCAUAGUGGACGACAUAUUCCGAGACACCAGGUGGUCCUAUGUUUUGGAGACGAAUACCCUGACCCGCAGCGUCCAAGGAAGAUGAUCACAGCACAGGUGGAGCCAAUGUUUGCCAGAAAAUUGGUGUACUAUUACCAGCAGAACAAUGGCCACUACCUGCGGGCCUAUGAUCACAUCCAGGAACAGAACCCCUCUCCAACAAUCGACUAUCCUUCUCAGAGACCUCUACAGCAUAUUCAGGAGUGACCAGAAUGCACAUACACUUGCAUGAAGGUGUGAAUGUGAAUGUAAACCUCUGGCCGUUUAACACACCCUUUUACUGAUGUGACUGCAGUGCUGUGUACUGUAAAUGAUAGAAUCUGCUACGGUAUUCAGGGUUAGAGAUGGGGAAGACCCUGUCGUUUUCACUUGCACACCUAUGCGUCGUAGUCUUUGUGUCUGUAACUGUGGAGUGUUGUCUUUUUUUCUUCUCUACAAGUAUUAUUGUGACAGUGUGAAG